ACGCGCCUUCAGUAUACUACACUCAUACACUAUAAUAAUAAGAAAUGAUUAUCGUACUAACUUCCACGUAAACCAAACAAUUCUCACACUCCAGUCUCUCCAGUCGGUACAUUGUUUGCUGGUCUUCGUCAUUUAGCACAUUAUACCCAAACCCAAACCCAAACCCAAACCCUUCUUCAUUUUCUCUCUCCUCCACUUUCUCUAAAAAAAAAAUUUAACUACACUAUUCAACUCUUCUUCUUCUGUAGUUAAAUUCAAAAUCUCAAAAUACAAAAUUCACCAAAAAAAAAAAACCCAGAAAAUCAUCUCCCACAAGAUCUGUGCCUCCUAAUAUUCUCUCUUAAACUUUUUGUUUUUCUGUCUAAUUUCACCGGAUUUUCCCAGUUUUUUUUUGGUGGUGUUGAUAUCUGAACUUCUUCGAAUCGUUGAAAAAUGGAUUAUGUCACAUUUCGAAUUUUGCCAGAAAACAGGUAUGGUGCAUGUAUAUGUAGCAAAGAGGAAGAGGAAAUGGUUGCAGACGGUCCUCUUGAUCAACUCUUGGAACAUCUACCCAGCAUAAAGGAUCAAAUUGUGAAAGGAUCUUGUGAUAACUUCAUACUAGUGUUACCAAAUUCCGUUGGUGACAGGGGGUGGUUCACAAAAGCCACUUUAGCCAGGUUUCUUCAAAUAAUUAAUUCACCUGAUGCCCUUAAGAAAUCAAUCACUAUCUGUAAUGAGUUGUCCCAGUUGGAGGAAACGAGGAAGUUUCAUCUUUCGUUAUAUACCCAGGCUGAUCGGGUUACAUCAUCAGAUAACUCAAAGAAUGAAUUACUUCGGGCAAUGGACUCCAGAAUUGCAGCUUUGACAGAAGAAUUGGUUUCAACUUUUAACGUAGCAGCUGGAGCUGCAUUAUCCUAUCAAGAAAUGAAUUGUCUCCAAGAAUUUUGUCAACACUUUGGUGAUGUAGAUGUCAGAACUCUGUUGUUAAAAUUGUCAGAGAGAAGCCAAAAAGGUCAGACUAAUGUCCCUGUGAACAAUAAGAAGUCUCCUGUCCCAACGAUAUCAAAGAGUGACUAUGAAAACAAGAUUAAUGCAUUUAUCCAAACAGCGGGACAAACAAAUUCGUUGAAACCUGUACAGUACAAUGCAUCACCAGCAAAAGCUGCUGAACUUGAGAGGCAAAGUUCAACAGGGAGUGAUAACUCGUCUUUCUCAAGUGAGGAUGAUCGGCCUUCUGCUACUGAAAGAAGUCGAACUCUUGUAAGAUCUGCAUCUCCACGAAGAUCAGCAUCUCCGAUGCGAAAGGUCCAAAUAGGUAGAUCAGGAUCUCGUCGGACUCCUGCCCUAACUAUUAAGAGCCUUACACACUUUCCUGCCAGAGAUAAAACCUCAUCUUACAGGGACACAUGUGAAGAGUCUGAUGAACCAACUAAAAAGACUGAGAUCAAUGUGACUAGGAUGAGUGUUCAAGAUGCUAUCAGUUUAUUUGAAAGAAAACAGAGAGAUCAAACAGAUGAGGGUCAGAAAAAAACAGCAACUGAUAACUCUACAAACCCAAACAAGGCGGUGUUGAGGAGAUGGAGUUCUGGGAUGAGUGAGUCUCAAAAGUCCAUGACUCAGGACACAAUGGAGCAUACAGCUUCAGAGAAUAAUGCUGAAUAUGAGGACGUUCAAAGAAGUGCAGAAGUGAAAUUGGAUGCAGUUCCUGAUACUGAGGAUCAGGAUAUGGAGGAGAAUAUGAGAUCAGAGGGGGGCAAAACUAUUGCUCUGAAUCCAAGUGAAGAUGAAGGCCUAGUGUGUCAGACAGAGGAGACUUUUGAAAAAGUAGAUUCAGCUGAAUGGAAUAGGCAAAAAGAGGAGGAAUUGAACAAGAUGCUGAUGAAAUUUGCAGAGUAUAACAUGAGCAACCAUAAAAUAACAGAGCCAGAUAAUAAAAAGAAUCGUGUAUCUCGCUUGGGGCAAAGCGGUGGAGUUAACAGUCAUCACAAAGAGAAGAAAGACGAAAAAAUGUCUAGGGAGAAGUCUGGAAAGAGGGUAGAGAAGCAGGCUGGCAUUAGACCUAAGCAAAGAGUUCCAGAGAAGCCUAAGCCAGAAAAAUCCACUGCUAAGGCUAGUGAUAUAGUAAAGAAACUCCCUGCAAGCAGAACUCUGAAUGCUAACAAAAAUUCGCCUGUUUCUUUGAAUUCCAAAAAGGAAUCUUUAAAACCAGCUGUGCCAAAGAAGCUUGCAUCUAGGUCAUCUUCCUUGCCUGCCACUAGGAAAUCAUGGCCAUCAACGCCUUCACCAAGAAUGACUGAAACAUUACCAACUAAAAGUCCGACAAUAACAUCUUCAGUUACUUCAGUACCUCGUCAAAAAUCCCAAUCUCUAGCACCUCGUCAGAAAUCCCAAUCUCCUGGUCCAGUAUCGCGUCCUAGCCCAAAGUUGGAAAAACCUCAAUUGCAACAGAAAGAUGUCAAGAAACAACAGAUUGAUACUAAAAAAAACUUGAAGAAAGUGGAUGACAAUAAAAGCCGUAUGGUGCCAAAAAGUGGGAGAUCAAUGAUUAAAACGAUGGCUCCUGAAGAGGAUGCUGCUGCUGUCAAUCCAGCUAAAGCAGUCGUGCGUAAGAAGGUGACCAAGAAGAGUAGUGUGGUCCCACUUGAGGUGAAGCCAUCUGUUCGCAAAGUUUCGGAAAAAAGCCCUGCAAAAUUAUUGGAAAAAAGUCCUACAAAAAUUUUGGAAAAAAGCCCUGCAAAAAAUUCAGCUAGUCGAAAGAGAGGGAUUCUCCCUCAAGCAGAAGAAAUUUUGAGCAAAUCUGUAGAUCCUCUUAAUAUCGCAGAUAAUGUUGUGACUGUUACUUCAGAUACAGUUCAUCUGGAGUCUGAAGAUUUGCAGACUCAAUAUGAUCAUCUUGAACUUGAAAUAGAAACAGAGGCAGAAAAACCUGAAGAUAGCGGUGAAAAAGAGAUUUCUGUUGAAGCCCCUGCUCAAGAUGAUGAAGUUGUUGACAGAAUGUUGGAGUCACCAGCUAAGAUUCAGAUUCCACCUGCGCAAGAAUCACUAAUAUCACCAGCUGCCUGGGAGGAAAGCAACCUGCCAGAUGCGGCUGGUCCAAGUACUGACAGCACUGCUUCAUCUCUUCCCAAUCCUGAUACUGUGGAUUCGGGAACCAGAGUUCGUCAUUCACUCUCACAGAUGCUUCUGGAAGAAACCAGUGAACCUGACAUAAUUGAGUGGGGAAAUGCUGAACAUCCACCUUCCAUGGUUUACCAAAAAGAUGCUCCUAAAGGCUUUAAGAGACUUUUGAAGUUUGCUCGAAAGAAUAAAGAAGCUAAUGGAGGUACUUGGGCAAGUCCAUAUACAUCUGAAGGAGAGGAUGAUGGAGAUGAAUAUCGAAACCUUGGUAAGAGAAACUCAGACAAUUUGCUGAAGGUUGCACUCCACUCAAAGAACUACGCAGAAGGAUUUCUGUCUGAUUCCGAACCACAUUCUGCUCGAUCAAACACAAGCAACACCUCUGCUAGAAGUUCAAAUAAGUUUCAAGACGGCCAUGCUUCUUCGAGAGGUUCAAGAUCUUUCUUCUCUUUGUCUGCAUUCCGUGGAAAAAAUUGAGACAUAGCCUUGUGGACUUCAGGGAGACGCCUAAUUUUGGGACAAUCAUUUGUUGUGUGGUUUACUCCCCUUUGUAUGCUAAAUAUUUACCUUGUGCAGUUUAUUAAUUUGUAUCAAGCAAUGCAGUGUAAUGUUUUGAUUCAGUGGCAUUCUUUGGGGAUCUGGAUAGGUCCAGGAUGUAUAUGUAAAAUGUAGAGCAAGCAACAAUAGCGAUUCUCUAGGACAUAGAACAGUCUGUGUAGAAAUUACAUGUUUUCAGUUCAAAGUUACAGUACUAUCUAAAUAGUUUACGCCUUAUUUUCAUGCAAGGUAAUAUGUUGCAUGUUACAGGCCAUAUUCUUCAUUUCAUUAUUUUGAUUA